UUCUCUACAGCGGCGCGUUCUGCAAGCCGAUUAAUUUAGUCAAAAAAUUUUAUUAGUAAAUUUCUUGCACCUUUUUAACACUAUUUAAUACCAAAUAAUAGUUAUAAUAUUAUCACCAAUAAAUAUUUUAUAACAUUUCUCGUGAAAUCUAACCAUGGAUGGGCCUGGGCGUGGAUUUCGUGGCGGAGGACGUGGUGGUCCGCCAGGAGGCCCUAAUCAACGCGGCCGGGGUGGCUUCGACAUGCGAGGACGCGGUGGCGGAAUGAGAGGACGCGGCGGGCCUAUGGGCGGACCGCAUCGGGGCGGCCCGGCUAUGCGCGGAGGACCGCGUGGUUUCCGCGGGGGACCGAUGCGCGGCGGCGGCGGUGAUAGAGGAGGCCGCAAUUUCUCUUCCGGACCCCAGGGGCCAGGCCCUCAUCCUGUGCCUACUAUUGAGACCAGAGGGGCUCCUCCACAAAGAGGAGGAUUUAACAGAGGUGGACCCGGUGGCAUGAGAGGAAGAGGUGGCAGAGGCCGUGGCGAUUUUGGCCCACGCAAUGAUCGUGGCGGUGGCAGAGGAAUGGGCAUGAGAGGAGGACGUGGAGGUAGAGGACAUGGCCCAGGCGGCCCACCUGGUGGGCCUGGAGGUCCAGGACCUCACGGACCCGGCGCAGCUCCUGGAGGCCCUCCCAUGCAGCAGCGAUCUGCCCCAGCACCACAUCAGGCACCUGGUGGCCCACAGGGCCAACCGCAGGGAGGUGCACCUUUCAAAAGGGGUGCAGGCCCACCACAUGGAGGCCCGGGAGGACCCCCAAAACGUGGAAGAUUUGACGGGCCACGUGGAGGCGGUGGCCGCCCCGCUCCACAAGGUGGUUAUCAACAAGCACCCUCAUCUCAUAAUCCUCCACCUUCCAAUGGAUAUGGACCACCAUCGCAUACAGGGUACCAACCUUACGAACAACCUCCUGCAGACCCUUACGCUCAACAAUCCUACAAUGCACCCAGUUCAUAUCAGAGCAACAGCUACGCUUCACCAGCAGCAGCGCAGCCUAACUCAGGGUAUAGCUCAGGCAGUUAUGGCACAAACUAUGGGUAUACCACAGGCCAAGGAGGCUAUGAUGAUGGCUAUGGGGGCGGUAAUGCUGGAGGCGCGGGUGACGCGGGCUAUGGCGCCGCCGAGCCCGCUUACGGCGGAGGCCCCGCCCCAGCGUACGACUCGUACUCCCAACCCGCUUACAAUUCUUACCAGCAGCCACAGCCACAUUAUGACAACAACUAUGGUAAGUACUAAAAUGCUCGCUUCCGAAACUGUUACUUUAAACGGAAAGACAAAUAUACGAUCGGAUAAGCAGUAUUAUAAUAUAUAGUUCAUACUGUUCGACAUCAUAAUUGGCUUUCGAACCAAAUAGUUAAAGGCAAUGAAUUUAAGUUUUCUGUUUUCAAAUUAAUGAUAUGAAAGAAAACUUAGUUGGCGAGUAGAAUAGCUAUUUUUACUGUGCUGAAAACAAUACAUAGCAGAUUUAACUUAUUAUUUAUUUACAUAUUGUAUAAAUAGGUAAAGUGGUAUUAUAUUAUAUGCUUCUAUUGAAGAUAAGAAUCAGCCAUUCUGAACAAGUAACGAUACGCACUAGCAGGCAAUCUAACGAAGUAACAACAAUAAUAAUAAGCUCUCUUGUUGUAUGAAACAUAGGGUCGUGAAUAAGACAAAUUAUUGAUCUAACUUUAAAAAUACACACAUUUAUUAUGUUAGAUAGUUGUACACAAAUAGCGUGAGAGACUUACAAUUGACUGACUGUAUUCUAAUAUGAAAACUGUAAUUAGACGAUUCUGUCAGUAAUUUUGCAGUAGCACAUUUUUUUAAAUCAAUUAUUGACAUAUACAUGAACUUUGACUAUCUGCAUCUGCAUGUAAUUUCAAAAAAAAUUCUAAAUCUUGCAGAAGGACUGUUAUAAAAAGUAUCGUUUCCAGAUAACGUUAUAUCUCACAGGGCAAAUGUUUUAUUCAUGUCUAAAGCUUCUAUUUAAUUGUUUGCAUUACAGGAAGUUGGUGAACUCUUUGAAUAUCAAACUGGUUAGUUUGAGGUCAAUAACCAUAAUACUUUAAAAAGUAUCUGUAUCAUUUUAACUUAGCGGAGAUACAUUUUAUACAUAUUUUAAGGUAAAAAAACUAAUUUAAGGAUAGUAUAAUUUAAUGCAAACAAUUGAUACCGGUCUGAAAUAAGCACUCUUGAAACAAAUUAAUUAAUUCAUAUUCUUGCGGAGAUGCAAAGAGAAACAAUAUUGUGAUGUGUGAUGUUUAUUUUAUUUUUGUGACCAUGGUGAGUAGGUGUCAUUGUUUUAGAAAUUAAGAAACUGAGUCGAAAUAAAUUGAAAUUUGAAACCAUA